CUGUGUUCCUGUGUCUCAGAAGGAGCAGCAUCUCAUAUUUUCCUGCUACAAAAGAGGCACAAAGAAUAGUAGAACGUCUUUCAAUGCAAGUCUGGGAUCAAACAAAAGAAUGGACUUCGAUUAUGAGCACUAUAAAGCGGAUGAACUCCGACACUGCGAGAGAAUUCUCCAAUCACUGCCAGUUCCCAUUCCCCGUGAGAGACUGAAGCCACACCAACCAACUACCAUGUCCGCUCCCGCCUGCAGGACACCGCCAAUCAAACCCAGGACUAACCUCUUGCCUCGCCCACAGCACACAGGAGCGGUGCCUCGGUGCGCACCCAGAAGCCAACCAGCCAUUAACAUGGAGGAGGGCUAUUCCCUGGGAGUGGCGCCCCCUGGCUGUCAGCUCCGUGCGCACACCCUGCUAUGGUUCGAGCAGACCCAGGCCCCCCGUCUGCGCAGCCAGGAGGGGGCGCUGCCAGCCUGGUUCCACGGCUUCACCUCCCGCAGGGAGUCAGAGGAGCUCCUGAUGAACCAACGGCUCGGUUGCUUUCUGCUGCGACUCAGCGAAUCAAAGAUCGGCUUCGUCCUGUCAUACAGGGCUGCGGAUCGCUGCCGGCACUUUAUCAUUGAUCAGCUGGCAGGAGGGCAGUAUGUGAUAGCUGGAGAAGAGAGCGUUCACCCCAGCCUGGACUCCCUCAUUCAGUACUACAGACAGAACCCAGUGGGGCCCUUUGAUGAGACUCUGACUGCUGUCUGUGCCAAGGCGGGGGAGCAGGCUGGCUGGGAGGGGGUGCGAGUGAGUGCACGGAGGCAGAGUGGGGGAGAGGUGGCCCAGCCUUCCUCCCCCCCUCACUCCCACGCGGAGGCACCCCAGUAUGCCGUUCUCAAGAAGCAGCUGAAGAAAUCCAAGUCCCUGAGCCUGCCUGACCCCGGGACUGAGAGCCUGGACACUGCACUGGACACUGCACUGGACACUGCGCUGGACACUGCGCUGGACACCGCGCUGGACUCCGCAGGGAGCUGCAGACAGAACGAGAUACCAGACUUCAUCCCUCCUCUCCCCACCCCUCUGCUGCUCCUCCCUGGCCAAACACACUCGCCACCUGCUGGGGAGCCCCAGGGACUGCACCCUGGUCACGCAGCGCACUCUGACCCCCCUUACGCACGGGUCAACAAGCAGAGACAGCCCGCUGCAGCCCACGCAGAGCCCACCGACCCCCCCGAAGACAAAUACUCUGAGCUGCUGGCUCCGCACACGUAUGAAGAGACAGGCCACCUCGCUGCCCAGUCCUCCCAGUGCAGCCCAGUGUACUCCCAACCCGACCUCCCCAUCGCCUUCUACGCAGUGGGGAGAAACGUCCCACAGCCUGAUCAGGACUCCACCAGGAGGGAUCAGUCUCUGUAUUCUGAAGACCUGCAGGUGAGCAGAGCCAGGACUGGGGAACCGCACUCCACCCCCACCCUGCUUCCCAUUCCCAGUAUCCCUGCCUUCGCUCAGACUGGGAGACCCCCAGACCUGCCACACAGACCCCCCCUCUGUGUGGGGAGCCCCUCCAGCCCAGACCUCACCCUGCAGCCUCUCCCUUCAAGACAGAGGGCGCCCCCCCAAGUGCCCCUGCCCCCCCGCACCGAGAGGAGGCCCUGGGACCCCGAAGAGGUCGUAUACGAGCAAAUCAGAGAGGGGCUGCCGCCACGCCCCCCCCGGCCUCGGAGGUACUGACCCAGCCCGCGGUAUACUAGAGGGGGGGCGUCAAACAACUACUCUUUCCUACUUUGCAAUCGUUUUUGUUAUGUGAGCACCGAGGAUGGGAAUAAGACUCCUAUUGCAUAGCAGUUUCACUCAUUCCAGGUUUUACUACGAGCUUCAUUAGCCAUGUGUCCAGGUAACAAGCUCAGGUUAAACUCAUAGCAAAACCAGGAAUGGAUCACACUGCUAUACAGUGGGAGUCAUCUUGUCCUCAUCUUUAAACAGCUUCAGUUUUCAGCAUGUGGUCAGCAUGUGAGAUGUGAUUUAAUAGAUUAAUAUUGUUCAGCAUUGUGAGGUGUGAUUUAAUGGAUUAUAGCGUAUAACUCCCUUAUAAAUUAUUUAUUUAAAAAAGCAAAUGCAAAUAAUGUUUCUUUAUACUUGUACAAUAACACGUGUUGUUUCUGAAAAUGUUGUUUUAAUGUGUUACUUGAAAGUGCUUUUGUGAUACCUGUGCCGUGAAUAAAGUUAAUAAAAUGCAGAAGAAAACAAAAAAACAAAGACCUUUGAUUGCUUAAGGUCCCAUGCUGCAGCAGCAACUCGUUCAUGGCUGGUUUCACAGCCCCAGAGUGGCACCGAUCUAAUUUAACUGGUGCUAAUUGGAGUCUCUGAAACCAGCCAUACGUGACUACAGUCAAGAGGUAGCGCAGAAGUGUAUACGCAUGCGCAUUUUUGGGAUCCAAAAUCUACUCCACCCAUUGUUAAAACCUUCUAUUGUAAUCUUCCAAACUGCAGCGGUGCGGCACGAAAUCACGAUUCUAACUGAGUGAGCUCUCCACAGGAAAGGGGCGCUGGUGUCCAUCGGACUGAUUUACCAUUGAGAGGGAAACGAGUGGAACAGCUGCUUGGGUUUGUGAUAAUCGCUGCUUUUCUUACACUCUGUGGAGGACAAGCAGCUGUUUCUUCACUAGUGUCACUCUGAAUGAAGUUCCCCCCCCCCACCCCGAGGACAGCGUGUCUCAAUAAUCAGUUUGUGCAGCUCUAAUGUCCAGAUCAGCCCAUCUCUUGUGCAAUAAAAGUCUUCUUAGGAGCUCACUGGCUGCACAAGAGGACUGCCG